AUGAAUAAUUCUGUGUAUAUGGUUGAUGGUGAUUCUGAUGAGGAAAUCUCUACCCAGCAAGCUAUUCAGGAAAGCUUACAAGAUUGGCAUAAAUUUGAAACAAGUGGCAGUGCAACAGAGGUUGAAAGUUUCCAGUAUACCACAAGUAAGGAACAUGGGCAGAUCGUUGCAGCAAUUCGGAAAGGCCAAGAGGAGGCCUUGAAGAAGUUGGUGAGGCACAGUUCUGCUUUUGAAGAAGCAGAUCAGGAAGGCUGGCUUCCUGUGCAUGAAGCUGCAGCACAGCUAAAUAAGAACAUCCUUGAAAUAACUUUCAAAGCCUCCCGUGACAUUACGUGGGAACAGUCCACUCUAAAAGGGGAAACACCUCUCUUGGUGGCAGUAAGAAAUUGUUUUGUGGACAAUGUCCACUUUCUCCUGCUCAAUGGCUGCAAUCCCAAUGUUAAAAAUGAAGAGGGAGAUUCUCCUUUAGUUAUAGCAAUUAAACUUGAUUCCUAUGACAUUGCCUCCUUGCUGCUGCGGUCUGGUGCCAGAGUGAAUCUGCGCUGUGUCCAUGAGAGAACUGCUCUGCAUGAGGCAGCCAGGCUGGGCAGGAAGGACCUGGUACAGCUUCUCCUGGAGUCUGGAGCAGACCCUGAUCCCCGCAGUGGAUAUGGCCUCACACCUCUGGCACUGGCUGCACAGAUGGGACACACAGAAAUUAUGGAGCUCUUACUGCAAAGAGGUGCAGAUGUUCUUUCACAGGCAAUGGAUUGUGCUUCUAUAUUGUUUGAAGCAGCAGGAGGAGGAAAUCCAGAUUCUGUGAAUCUUUUACUAGAAUAUGGGGCUGAUGCCAAUGUACCAAAGCACUCGGGUCAUUUGCCAAUCCACAGAGCUGCAUAUAGAGGACACUUUCUAGCGCUAAAAUAUUUGGUUCCUGUGACUGAUUUUUCUGCCAUUAAAGAAAGUGGGAUAAGUCCAGUUCACUCAGCAGCAGCAGGAGCACAUCCUCAGUGCCUUGAGUUUCUCCUGCAGUCGGGUUUCGAUGCCAAUUUUAUGCUGGCUCAGAGAGUUCGCAAAGGCUACGACGACCACCGCAAAUCCGCGCUGUACUUCGCCGUCUCCAACGGGGAUAUCUGCUCAACGCAGCUGCUGCUCAACGCCGGAGCCCUGACAAACCAGGAUCCCAUCAACUGCCUCCAAAUAGCCUUGAGAAUGGGCAACUACGAGUUAAUGAAUCUGCUGCUCCGCCACGGCGCCAACGUCAACUACUUCUGCCGCGUGAACACCACGCAUUUCCCCUCAGCCCUGCAGUACGCCCUCAAGGACGAGGUGAUGCUGAGGAUGCUGCUGAGCUAUGGCUACGACGUGCACCGCUGCUUCGACUGCCCCUGGGGCAGCGGGGACCACUCCCAGUACGUGACCGACGGCUGGACCUCCACCGUCAUCAAAGACACCAUGUUCUGUGAAGUGAUAACCUUGUCCUGGCUGAAGCACGUGUCUGGGAAAGUCGUGCGAAUCAUGUUGGAUUACGUUGAUCACGUUAAGAUUUGCUUGAAGCUCGAAGCAGUUCUCAAAGAACAGGAACUCUGGCCAGACAUCCAUUUCAUUUUAACAAAUCCUCGCUCUCUGAAGCACCUCUGCCGGCUGAAGAUCCGGGCGUGCAUGGGCCGCCUGCGUCUCCGCUGUCCUGUCUUCAUGACCUUCCUUCCACUGCCCAACUGCUUGAAAGAUUACAUCCUGUACAAGGAAUAUGAUCUUUAUGGACAGGAAAACUUCACAGGGAUCUACAACCUCAACUGUGCAUAAGUAUUUGUCCUGUUCUUUGAAGGGAAUUUAAUAUGGAUAAGACUGUUUUGCUUUUUUCUUUUGGGAUUUUGUCUCUGUAUAUUAAGGAAUACCAUCACUGUCCCCUCAUCCCCUGAAGAACAUGGUGAGACCCCCAAAAUGUAAGUAUUGGUGAUCCCAUUCUAAGGAUCUCCUGGACUAUGACCUAUCUGCAAGUUAUGGCAACAGUAUUUUAAAUGCCUGGUGUGACAGGUUAAGGAAGUGAACAACAAUACAGGGCUGCAAGCCUUGUGUUAUGGCUAAGUUGAAGCUUGUCAUAUCAGAUACCCCUACCCUCAUUCCAGGGUUAAACUCAGGGUUUAGUUUAAGGACAGGGAUUUGACUUAAGUCAGGAAGGGACAUAGUUUUCUCUUGUACUUCUUCUCUUCUCUUGCCAAGAAAUAGUUUUUAUUUGUGAAGUCCUGAAGAGCAGCUUAAGUAAUUCUUCACCCAAUAAAGCAAUCCCCCCAUUCUAGGCAAUUAAAUGAGAUUAAGCUUGAAAAAUCUCUGCUUAUCACAGCCGGUCAUGUGACAUAGCAAUGUUUUAUCAAGGUGGCACUUCUGGAAGCUGUGUUAGUUCUGCAGCUCCUUCUCAGGUACUGGUAUGUCACAUCCACCAUGAACCUGGACUAUUCUCUCUAGAACUGGGUUCUUACACAGUGCUGUCCAAAGUCAUGCUUGCAAUUUUUGGAGUUUCUCUCUAUAGAGGUUGAGCUGAAACUUUUGGAGCCCUGUCAUUUUAGGAAAUUUUACAGAAGUCUUAGAAAGACUUAAGAGCAUCUCUGUGUUUUCUAAAAAUACUGCAAAUAUCAGUUCCUAUUUUAGAAAAAAAGUUCAUAAACACAUUUGGCAUUAGUAGUAUUUAUUCCUUCAUAAUCAAGUAAGCAUAGAUGGUUUUUUUCUAGUUAUACAUGCAUCUUUAUCACAGAAGUUACAGAAUUCAAAAGUCUGCUUUUCCCCAGAAAAAUCUACAAACCUUAUAAAAUACAAAUUUAACCUUAAUGUGGUUAUGGCCCAUGGUUUUUUACAUGGUGUUUAUCCCAUAAUAAACUAACUCAGCCUGUGAAGAUAUGUCCAAUGCCCCUGGUAAUGGUUGUGCUGGUAGAGCCUCUGCACUCAGCUUGUUCUGCAGAGCCCUCACUGCCCCACCAUGGGCCCUGCCCAGCCAGCUGCCACAGCUCCUGCUCACCUUCAGUCUCUGAUUGUUGCAAAAAUAGGUUAAGAGCAUUCCCAA